AUGGCGACUGCCAGCGACGGAGGCAAGGAGUCGGCGGCCGCGGCGUCGCCCCCGCCGCAGCUGGAGUCGUUUCUUUCCAUCGGGCUCGACCAGCGCACGGCGGAGAACGCCCUCGCUAACCGCAAGGUCACCGCCAACCUCACCGCCGUCAUCGCUGAGGCUGGUGUUACUAGGCGCGACAAAUCUGUGGGUAAUCUCCUUUACACCGUUGCGACAAAAUAUCCCACGAAUGCACUUGUCCACCGCCCUGAUCUCAUUAAGUAUAUUCUGUCAGAAAAGAUAAAAAACUCUGUGCAACUGGAUGCUGCUCUGUCGUUUCUUUCUACCUUGGGUCCUGAUUCAUUGGAUUCAGUGAGGUUUGAAGAGGCUUGUGGUGUCGGGGUGGUUGUUUUGUUUGAAGAGAUUCAGUCAACAGUCACGGAUGUUUUAAAUGAAAAUAUGGAAGCCAUAGUAGAGCAGCGAUAUCAUAUAAAUGUUGGCAGCUUAUGUGGACAGGUUAGGAAGAGGCAUCCCUGGGGUGAUGCUAAGUCAAUCAAGGAGGAAAUUGAGAAAAGGCUUGUGGAAAUUUUAGGUCCAAAAACAGAAGCAGAUAAUGCUAAACCAAUGAAAAAGAAGGAGAAGCCUGUUAAAGUUGAGGAAGAAAAGACUGCAGUAGCAGUUGCUACUCCUGAGGAGGAAGUAAAUCCCUACUCCAUAUUUCCUCAGCCAGAGGAAAACUUCAAGGUCCAUACAGAAAUAUUUUUCAGUGAUGGAAAUAUAUGGAGAGCACACAACACAAAGAGCAUUUUAGAGAAACAUCUUAAAGCAACUGGUGGAAAAGUGAUGACACGCUUUCCCCCAGAGCCUAAUGGAUACCUUCAUAUUGGUCAUGCCAAGGCUAUGUUCAUUGAUUUUGGGUUGGCUAAAGAGCGUAAUGGGCACUGUUACCUUAGGUUUGAUGAUACAAACCCUGAGGCCGAGAAGAAAGAAUACAUAGAUCAUAUUCAAGAAAUUGUCACAUGGAUGGGCUGGGAACCUUACAAAGUUACCUAUACGAGUGACUAUUUCCAAGAUUUGUAUGAACUUGCUAUUUGUUUGAUACAGAAGGGACUAGCCUAUGUCAAUCACCAGUUUACACCUCAUCCACAUGCUGGAGACAAGUGGUUCAUUUACCCAAGCUAUGACUAUGCCCAUUGUUUGGUAGAUUCUCUUGAGAACAUUACACACUCGUUAUGCACACUAGAAUUUGAUAUACGUCGUCCGUCAUACUACUGGCUGCUUGUAGCCUUGGGCCAGUAUCAGCCAUAUGUAUGGGAAUAUUCAAGGCUAAACAUAUCAAACAAUGUUAUGUCCAAAAGAAAGGUUGUUAUAACUAAUUUGGAUUAUGGAAUGGUUAUUAACCUUGAUGCCAAAAUGUGGUCUAAUGCGCCUGACAGUGAUGCGUCAGCCACUAUAGAAAAAAAGAAGGUUCCAUUCUCAAGAAUCGUCUACAUUGAGCAAUCUGAUUUCUGUCUGAAGGAUUCGAAAGAUUUCUAUGGGCUUGCUCCUGGUAAAUCAGUAAUGCUGAGACAUGCAUUCCCAAUAAAAUGUACGGAAGUUAUCUAUGGAGACAAUGCAGAUAGUAUUGUUGAAAUCCGAGCCGUGUAUGACGCUUCAAAGGCUACAAAACCAAAGGGUGUCCUGCAUUGGGUUGCUGAGCCUUCUCCUGGGGUUGAACCACUCAAAGUUGAAAUCAGAUUGUUUGAGAAAUUGUUUCUUUCAGAGUCGAAGGAGGUGAUAAAGGGAGCAUAUGCUGUGCCUUUACUUGCAAGUGCCGUGCUGGGGGACAAAUUCCAGUUUGAACGCCUUGGAUACUUUGCUGUGGAUUCAGACUCGACGCCUGAGGAACUGGUGUUCAACAGAACUGUUACCCUUAAGGACUCCUAUGGAAAGGCUGGACCCAAGUGA